UUUCACACUCCAAAGACGACAGUUCACUUCACUUCCUUUACCAAAAAAAAGCACACACACCGUAAAGUAGAAAAAGCACAGCAACCUUCUUCCAAUCUACGCAAAAUCUAAUCUCGUUUCGCUUCUGCGCCUUGUCUGAAAGAAAGGGAAAAGUUAAAAGACGGCUGAAGAAAGAAUUCAGCUCUCUCAAUUUCGCAAUCGAAUUAAAAAUGGCAAUGAAGAGUGAAUCAGGCACUCCGCCGCCGAGGAUCGGGAAGAUCGGGCCGUACACGGUGUUCAUGACGCCUCCCGCCACGCCGAAUGCAGAGCCCAAGCGGGAAUCUCCACCUCCGGUUCACUUCCAAGCUCCCUCGCCGCCGCCAGUGAUGGCUCCGCCUGCCCAAUUCUAUAAACAAAACCCUUCUUCUUUCACUUUCUUUUGGGACGCUCUAGCCAAGCUUCAAACUGCGCAUGCGAGUUUGGACGAGCAUGUUGCACACUGGUUUGGCUUGAAUCAGUCAAAAUAUCAGUGGGCAUUGGAUGAUUACUAUGAAAGCAAUGGAAAGGGGCGGGCAUUACUGAGAGAUUACAAGGAAGAAAUCAGGAUGAACUCAUUUUGUUCCCGUUGGGAAUCAGAACGAGGAAAAACCACAGGUUAAACCGAGCAAAACACAGAAUGUGUGAUGCGCCAACAAGCAGCCAAGUUGGACAAAUAUUUCAUUUCUAAAUUGAAUGAAAUUUGGGAUACCAAAUUACUGAUUGGUCACAGAUUUUGUGGGAAAUAUUCUGGCCAUGUGUACUACUACUACUACUAGUGUCUCUAUUUAACUGUUUAUUGCUCAUGAUCUAGCAACCUAUCUGUGUGAUACUACUUUGUUGUUGCUAUUUCGUUAGUCUGCAGAGGAAACAAAACUUUUUAUAGCUGUUUCUAUUAAUUUAUGUUGUAAAACUAAUAAUAUUUGGCACAUUUGUAAUACCAAGUGCCUACUUUUUUGUUCA